AUGAUGGAUCAUCACGACGACAGCCGCAAUUACUCACCCCAGACCUACGAGCCUGUUGUCCCCGUGGAUCUCACCCGGGCCUCUUAUCACAGCGGAAUGGGUCCCCUUCCACAGCACACGGUCCAGGAGACCCGCAGCUCAUCGGAGAACAGCAAUUCAUCACUCAAGAGCCCACGCACCGCCAGAUUUGCCGAGGCCACAUCGAUACACUCCCCGAUUGAGCAAGCUCAGCGGUCACCUUUUGCCGACCCUCCGAAACCACAAUCCAAGGGAGACGUUGGUGAUGUUGGCUUUGGCUAUGUGGCAGCGAACAAUUAUCAUGCGAAUGAUCAAGUGCCCAUGUCUCCAUUCAGACCGGAUCUGAAGGUGCCCCAAACAGCUAAAUCACUGAACCCGCUCAGCCCGACCUUCCGUGAAGAGUACAUGCUUGAGAAGCAAGAGAAGAAAGCUGACGUUGAGAACGCCCGAGACAUCAGAAUCAAGCUUCGUGUUCGCAUUGCGAAGGUUUUCUUGCGUUUUGUCAACUUUGGCUGCAGUCUUAUCGUUUUGUCUCUUCUGGCCGUCACAUUGACCGUUUUCAACGCAACCAAGAACCUGCCCACUCGCAACAGCCUUCCUGCCUGGGCAGAGGGAACCAAUCCGUGGGCUCAGUAUCUCCUUCUGGCCAUGGCCUGCGUCUCUCUAUUUGCCUGUUUGAUUGUCUUCUGGGCGUACCGAAAGGGCGGCCACCGACGUGCCGAAAAGGCAGCGGUUUACUAUACCGGGUUCUCAAUUGCCUUCUUCGCCUUCAAUCUCAUCAUGUGGAUUGUUGGCGCCGCAGUCUACCAGCAUUCUAAAGCCACAGGAAACAACAAAGACAUGUGGGGCUGGUCCUGCGCACAAAACACUCGCGAGCAGAUCUAUCACAACAGCGUCGACUACGCUCUACUCUGCCGCCUCCAAGACUGGGGCCUCGUCUGUGCCAUUAUCGAAGUCGUCAUCGAGGUUCUCGUCAUCGCAAUUUACGUCGUUGUCUUCUACCGCGUCUGGAGCAAGCGCAAGCUCAUGAAGUCAAUGGACACUCGCGACAACGCCCGCUCAGAUCUCUACCUCGCCCAGCUGCGUCUCCAGUCUGCCCCCAACACCCCCGGCUUCGCGGGCUUCAGCUCUUACCCACCCAAGUCCCCCUUCUACGCUGCCGCGCCGGCAGACCCCUACUCGGCCGCCGAGAAGGGCCAGUCUGCGCCGACUCAGUAUGCGUCGCCGCGCUCCCCUACCCGUCCCACCCCAACUUUCCAGCUCCAGCCUCCUCCCAUCAAGGUCCAGCAGCCGACACCUCAGACUGCACAGCAGGAGUUCGCUCCUUACCCACAGACACCAUCACCGCCGCCUUCCAGUCAGCGCGUGAGCCCGCCUGUGCAUGCCAUUAGUCCUCCGGGCGAGCGCACCUACGCCGCUGUGCCGAUUCCUGGUGCGUACGGGAGUCCCAUGGCUCCUACAUUCCCGGCUCCUGUGCAUAGAUAA